AUGACAGUAGAAACCGCCACUGCAACCAUUAUUGACAACCACAAUGCUGAACCUGAUAUGCAAACGUUGGUAAAGAAGCCUACGAAAAAACAAAUCCGUCAGGCUGUAGGAGCUAUUGUUAUUAUGGACAAUAAGGUAUUGAUGCUUUCCAGCCGUAAGAAAGAAGGCGCUUAUCGAUUACCUCGUGGAAGCUGCAAGAAAGAUGAAAAGCCCGAAGAAGCCAUUCUUCGUGUCCUUCGAGAAGAGGCAGGUAUCGAGGCCGAGAAAAUUAAACAGAGAGUGGGUACCUACACUGAGGCAAACAAGAAAGGUAAAACUGUGGCCCAUCACUGGCUUUAUGAAGUGACAGAUGUAAAGGUGCUCGAAUCUUGGCCAGCCGAGGAUCGUAAGCGUGUUUGGUUUACAAUUGAAGAAUCCAUUGCAGCUUCUGCAGAUCGACAUAUAUCCCGUUUGGCACUUCACAGUUGCUCUUUAUCAUCUUCUUAA